AUGGUGGAGCUGGGUGAGUCGGACGAAGCAGAGUUACAGCGCCUGGUGGCAGCCGAACGACAGAAAGCGCAGUUCACUGCACAGGUGCAUCACUUCAUGGAGCUGUGCUGGGAUAAAUGUGUGGAGAAGCCAGGGAAUCGCCUAGACUCUCGCAAUGAAAAUUGUCUCUCUAGCUGCGUGGACUGCUUCAUUGACACUACUCUUGCCAUCACCAGUCGGUUUGCCCAGAUUGUACAGAAAGGAGGGCAGUAAGCCAUCCCCUGGGAG